UAGUUGGUUGUUGUUGCUAGAAACAUGGCGUCCCGGUGCAGCCUCUCUACACUGUUUCCUGUUCAAAGCCAGCUGGAUUGCGCCCUAGAUGACACUACAACACAGCAAGAAAAAGAAGAUCUCGUUCAACAAUAUCUGAAAAGGUUAGACGAGACAGAGGACUUGAAGAUACCCGAUUUCCAGACAGGCUUAGAGUGGCUCAACACAGAAGGGCCUCUCUCUUUAACCAAGGAGCUGGCUGGUAAAGUGGUGCUGCUGGAUUUCUUCACUUACUGCUGCAUCAACUGCAUGCACAUCCUUCCCGACCUGCAUCAGCUGGAGAAACACUCUGUUAAAGAUGGAUUGGUUAUUGUUGGUGUGCACUCUGCCAAAUUCCCCAAUGAAAAGGUAUGUCCUGACAACAUCCAAAGCGCCGUGCUCCGCUACGACAUUUGCCACCCUGUGGUAAACGACAGCGAGGCGUGUCUCUGGCAUGAACUGGAGGUCUCCUGCUGGCCCACGCUGGUCCUACUUGGACCACGUGGCAACUUGCUCUUCUCCCUGGUGGGUGAAGGCCACAGUGACAGGCUGAUGCUUUUCACUGACAGCGCCCUUCGUUAUUAUGGGGAGCGUGGUUUGCUGAAGACUCACACAGUGGGAAUCAAGCUGUACAGAGACUCCUUGCCACCCAGCAUCCUUUCCUUUCCUGGAAAGGUGGCUAUAGACAACAGCACUAAAAGACUUGCCAUAGCAGACACAGGACAUCACAGAAUAUUGGUGGUUUCUUCUACUGGAGACCUGCUACAUGUCAUAGGAGGGCCUGAAAGUGGGAGACAAGAUGGCAACCUGUCUGAAGCUUCCUUUAAAUCCCCUCAGGGUGUUGCUAUUAAAGGGGACACUGUAUAUGUGGCUGACACGGAAAACCACUUGAUUCGAAAGAUCGAUCUGUUAGAGGGAAGAGUCAGCACUCUGGCAGGAGUAGGCACUCAAGGGAAAGACAUAGAGGGUGGAGCCAUGGGACCACAGCAGCCAAUCAGCUCUCCUUGGGAUGUGAUGCUUGGCACUGCUGGCGGCACUGAAGACAACGUGCUGUGGAUAGCCAUGGCAGGGACUCACCAGAUCUGGGCUUUGUUCCUAGCUGAUGGAAAACUGCCCAAAGGAAGUGAGUCCAAGGCAGGGAUGUGCGUGCGAUGGGCAGGCAGCGGCAACGAAGAGAACCGAAACAACGCCUACCCUCACAAGGCAGGCUUUGCACAGCCUUCAGGCCUGGCUUUAGCCCCAGAGGAACCCUGGAGCUGCCUGUACGUGGCCGAUAGCGAAAGCAGCACCAUCCGUACGCUGUCGCUGAAGGAUGGCGCCGUAAAGUUGCUGGUUGGGGGAGAGAGAGACCCACUGAACCUUUUUGCUUUCGGGGAUAUGGAUGGGAAAGGGGUGGAGGCCAAGCUCCAGCAUCCUCUCGGUGUUGCCUGGGUUCCUGAACAAAGUGUGCUCUAUGUGGCCGACUCCUACAACCACAAGAUCAAGGUGGUGGAUCCAAAAUCAAAGCAGUGUAGUACGUUAGCAGGAACGGGAGAUGCUGGAGAUACUCUGGGCCCUGACUUUAACAUAUCCUGCUUCAAUGAACCUGGAGGAAUCUGUGUCGGUGACAGCGGGAAGCUUCUUUAUGUGGCCGAUACCAACAACCACCGAGUCAAAGUGCUGAACCUCGCCUCCAAGACUGUCUCGCUGUUCCCCAUCAUCUGUGAGUGCACAGACGCAGUACCUACAAAGCCUUUGGGGCCUACCAAAGCCCCCACGCUGCCUAAAUCAGCUGCCAGAAAGGAAAUGCCACCAGUAGCAGUGUCUGCAGGCCAGACUGUCAUCAUGUCUGUCACACUGUCACUUCCAGAAGGGACCAAACUCACCGAAGAGGCACCCAGCUGCUGGGCACUCUCAGCAGAGGGUAACGAGUGGCUGCUGGACCAUCAGGUGCUUACUGGUUCCAUUAGGGAUAUCUCACAGCCCCUUUUCAUCUCAGCCAAACUUCCAGCUGUUAUCAAGGAACCAAACAGCAAUCCAAGCCUCACUUUGGCUGUAUGGAUGUACUACUGUAUGGAAGCAGGUAAAGCCUGCAUGAUGAAAGCAGCUUCAUUCUCCCAGCCUCUUCAAAUAAUCGCCAGUUCUGGAAAGGAAGAGGUCAUUGUGGAGUUGGCUCAUGCCUUCUAAAACCGCCUACAUGGUCUUAGUUAAAAUAGCCUUUGAAUCCACGCUUUGUGUUGUGUUGAGACCUCAUCUUAAUCUGUCUUGUGUUCUGCUCAUAGUUCUGCUGUCACUUUGACAAAAAAGGCAAUUCGAGUGAACCUGUUUUUUUUGUUGUUGUUGUUUUUUUGGAAGGACAAUUUCAUUUCAUAUUUCCCGGAUGUCCUUUCCUUCAAAGGUAACGCAUCAGUUUAGUAAUGUUCUUGACUGUGUGACAGCUAUUAAAAUGAAUGCAGAUAGACAUCUGUGAGAACUCAACAGCAGCAGUCUACAGUAUGUCUAUAUGAUAUUAUAUUCAUGUAGUAAGUUCUCAUGAGGUCAGGUUGUACGGACUGUAUACAUUUGUUUUUUUUUUUUUUUAUUUAUUUUUUUUACUAAGUUCCCUUCUUACUUAUCAAAACUAAAAGAAUGAGGACACUCAAAGAUAUUUGGCAAAUUUAAUGAGAAACUGUGAUUACCUAAUUUACUGCUAGCAGCACUGUUGUGAUUGAUGGGUAGAAAAAUAAAAACAUUUUCAUCUGUUCUCAUACUUGUGAAAAAUCAAAAGUUCUUCCAGGUAUUAAAAACAAAGUAAAAAGUGAAACUUCUGAUAUCUAUAUUUUCACUUUAAUUGUAAGAUGACUUUGAAUUAAUUUUUUUUUCUUAACAACUCUCAAGAAGCAAUUGUUGAACAGCUGAAGAGCCCAUGAGUAAUAACCCAACAGGAAUUUUUUUUUAUAAAAAGGACAUUUAAUGGAGAUGUUAUAUGAAUCAUUUUAACGUCAAAGGCAAUGCUUUUGAAUGCUAAUAUCAAGUUCCAGCCAGUGUCUCCAAAAAGGAUAUUGGUAUUAUAUGAAGCUUUCAUAGGGAAUAUGAGGUUAGGAUAAAAAAUUUACAAUCUUUCAUUUAAUCUCAACCCAGCAGGAAAGUUAGGUAGCAGAAAAGGAUAGAUGUGUGAAGCUUAUGCAGUUAGGGGUUUAUUAAAUGUAGCUAUGCAGAGACUCUUAUUUCUCAUUAUCAUUAUAAUGUUAAAGUCAUGCAGCACAGCAGUAUAUGUAUUUUUCACUUUUCUCCAUUUAAAUGAUGUAUCGCCACGGAUGAGUGUGGGGUCGGCUUAGUUACAUCAGCCGCAAAGGUGCCCACUAAUCGAGCUUCCUCAUACAUUUGUUUACACGUGUCACCACAGACUGAGUCGGCUUAAGUUGUUUCCACUGUUCGCUCUCUAAAAGGUAACACUCGUAGCCCAAAGCUUUGAUUGUGAUUAUUCGCAACACAAGAAGCCCUUUUGAUUUAGACCACCUGUUAUUUGAGUAAUGAAUAAAGUGCCUGUUUUCGACGAGGAGAAGCAGCGUCUCGUGAACCGAGGACACCUGACUGACUGCUGCCUGCUCUGUACGCUGAAACCAAAGUCUCAUUAAAUUCUUUCCAUCAAGCAUUUAUGCACUUCAUCUCGACUCCACAAAGGGAACAUUAUAUGAAAGGAAUGCUAAUAAUGAUCUGCUCUAUCACAUUGUGUAAUAUGAUAUGAUAAUGUGGAAGUUGUUUUGUCAUUUUCCCUUUAUUGGUUUACUAAGUUAUGAGUUGUUGUCAGAAUGGGGCUUGAGAGUGUUUUUGAUUAUCAUUGCUGUCAUCAUGUCUCAUAACCUAAUUGUGCUUGUCAGGCUGCUUUUAUUUGGUUUGGUUCACUCAGCCCAAGUGCCUUUGGAAAGGAUUGUAUGGAUGGUGUACAUUCAUGGCACUUUAAAUGUAUUAAAAGCAAUAUUUUUCUGAAAUGGGACUCCCCCCCCC